UUGUUCACCUGUUUAAAUUGAGGGGGGUUAAGUGGGUUAAGUAAGUUUUUUCAUCGGUACGAACGCGGCAAAAAGUGCACAAAAAACAAAAAGAAGAAAUUUUAUAAAUAAUAUUAGCGAUAUCUUCAAUAAAAGUUAAAGGGGUUUGAAACGUGAGCAGAGAAUUUAACUGUGAAAGUGAAAACGUGACAGCACGAAGAACGAAACGAACGAACGAGGCAAGCAAAACAAAAAACCCGCGUGUGUGUGUGAAAAUAAAAAGAAGGAGAACAAAACGCAGCAGAACACAAGAGAGAGAGAGAGAGAAUAAAAAAAGAUAAAAAUAAUCAACGAACGAAGGGACAAGGUGGCCCUCAGGCGAAAACAAGGAGAACAACAAAAAACCGAAAAAAAAAACACAACGAAAAUUGACAGACUUGGAAGCGCGCCCACACCUUCGAUUUGAUUAAAGUAUAUCACAGCUAUGCUCUCGCUGUAUUUGUCCUAAAUCGUUCACUAUAAUGAAUUCUGCGCGGCAUCAUCGUAUUGGAGUAUUUCUGUCUCCAUAAGUUUGCUGAGAAACACCAACAUCAAAAGUUGAAUACUAAAAAGAAAGAAAAAAAAAACAACAUCAAAUUCUAUAAAUCAAAACAAGGAACAACAAAUUCAACAAAUCAAAAGGAACACCAAAAUUGUAUAAAUAUCUAAAAGUUUUCUAGUCAAACAAUAAAAGAAACAACGAAGGAGAUUUACUCAUCAACUGCCUCCUGCCCAAAACAGUAACACAAACAGAAACGGAAACCCGAAGUAAGGUGUAAGGUCUUGGAGUGGUCUCUGAGCCAAAACCCAAAUCAAAAAGUUGACAGCGACGGAAAGUGACCCAAAGGAGGGCACACACACGACUGCAAACCUGGCCAAAAAGAUGCCAUACCAUCGGAGUGGAGACGCCUCGGCACAGGCCGACAAAUUGAGCGGCAUUGUGGAGGAGAGCGAUCUGUAUGAGGGGUUUGCGCCGCAUGUCGAGACCUCGGAAAUCAAAACCCUUGACUUUUACAAUCUGCCCAAGCCAACCGGCAAGGAGCCGGCACUGCGCUCCUACACGGAAAUCCAACAGCUGCUGCAGCAGGGCAAGAAGCGUGACGUAAAGAACAUACUCAGAGAGAACUCCUGGCCGAUCAACUCGCCCAUACGUGCCCAGCUAUGGCCGAUGCUAUGCGGCCAGCACCUGACCAAGCAGCAAAUGCUCGAUGGGUUCUACUGGGAGAUGGUCCAUCAGGUUUUUGGCACCACAGAGCUGUCGGAGAAACCGAUUAUGCUGCCCGCCUUUGUGGAUGCCACACACUGUUUGCCCUAUCACCUGACCAGCACGGGCCGUGCCGUUGCCGAUCGCAUUGUGAAUGUGUUGGGCUAUGAUUGCCCCGAUAUUACCUACAGUCCAGUAUUGUAUCCCAUUACAUCGAUACUUUUGCAUUUCAUGUCGGAGGAGGAAGCCUACAUGUGCCUCGCCGGUCUGGUGGGCAGCAAGGAGAAGGUAUUCAUCAAUCAAACCAAACUACAGCAUGAGGUCACCUGGAAGACGGUGAUGCAGAUAGCCAAAAAGCACACGAAAAGUGCAAUUUCGUAUUUCCAACGUAUUUGUCCGGGCCUGAAGCUGGAGCGCGUAUUCAUGGACUGGUGCUGGUGGAUAUUAGCCGGUCUACCCUUCCAGCAUCUGGUGCGGAUCAUGGACUGUUAUUUCCACGAGGGCAUCAAGGUCCUGUACCGUGUGGCCCUGGUCGUGCUCAAUCUGUUCCACAAGGAGUGCCAGUCGAACAACGAAUGGAGUCCGGAUAAUAUUAAAAAUGACAUUGGCAACGCUUUGAUCAAGUUCUGCAAGAAGAUACCAGUGUCGCCGGCGAAACUUCUCCAUGCCGCGUUUAGUAUUAGGGGACUGAGUACCCAGUAUAUUUCUAGAAUAUUUAUCAAGACUGAAAUGCUACUAAAAAGCCGUUCCGUGCUCAAUAGCGGUUCGAAGCAAUUAAUCAAAUCGCGUUCAAGUGAUAAUCUGCCCACUAGUCAGUCGCAGGUGAACAUUCAGAUGAUGUCGCAUACAUUGACCAUCCGUGAGCAUUUUGGUUUGCCGGGCACAAAGAAUUUCAUAAAAACCUGGACGGAUAGACAAUUUCUAUUCACGUUGUGGUCGUGGCUGCCUGUGCGGAUAACAAUGUACCAACCGGUGCUGCUGUACACCACAGAAGAGCACGGCUGCUCUCUGACCACAUUCUACGUGCGGGUGGAGCAGCACGAGCCCACGCUGCUGAUGAUCAAGACUUGCAAUAAUGAGGUCUUUGGCGCCUAUUGCUCAUCGCGCUGGUUCGAAAGGAAUGUCAAGGAUGACAAGGGCCAGCGGCAGGCCUACUUUGGCACCGGCGAAACCUUCCUGUUUUCCUUGUAUCCAGAGCGAGCCAAGUACCCCUGGGUGGGCAUUGAGGGUGACAAGGAUCUGGGGCACAGUUCCGAGCUGUUUAUGGCAGCCGAUUCCAAAAUGAUUACAAUCGGUGGAGGUGAGGGUCAGGCCAUCUGGAUGGACGAGAAUAUACGUUUUGGCAAAACGGAUGGUUGCAAGACCUUCAACAAUCCCCCGCUCUGUCCAUCCGGUGACUUUGAGAUCCGCGUACUGGAGGUCUAUGGCUUUGUGGGCAUCUAAGGGGCAUCGGAAGCUCUGUUCAAUUCAACCAAUAUUGCCCGCCGACGAUCAAGUGCUCAGCCAAAACCUACCCUUAUGCAUCUCCACCACCACCACCAAAACCACUCAAACCUAAAGAUUUCAAUACAAACACACUUCCUUCCGCAACUCCUGGCGGAAGAUGAUCGUAAAAUGUUUCAACAUUUAUAAAAACCUAUUUAUAAAUAAAUUUAUCGAAAGUGGCAGAAAGCAGCAGUUUAGCCGUCGUGUUAAUGUUAAAUGUUUCAACAUGAAUGAAAAAUUGAUUGAUAAAAACAUACAAAUUAUAUAUUAUAUAAUGGAAAUACUCUGUGAGUUCAUGUUUCAAAACGCAAAGCUUUGAAAUUACAAUACAAUACAAUAGUUGUUAUACAGUAAUAACCCCUAUACACAUAUACCAUAUAUACUAUACAUAAACAUAUAUCUAUACGUAUGCAUAAACAAUUACUAUAUAAUAUGUGUAUAACUAAAUGUAAAUCCGUAUUUCUAUAGCCAUGAAAAAUGUUGAAAAGGAUAAACCUAUAAUAUUGAAAAUGAAAAAUGGAAAAGUGAAAAAUGGAGAAUGGAGAAUGGAAAAGAAAUGUUUAUUAUUGUUUAUUAUAAUUUCGUUUAGCAUGUAUUUUAUUUUUUCUUUUUUCUGUAAACCAACCAAAUUUACUGACUUGACUGAAUUCGUUAUUAAUGUUGUUAAGAUUAUUAUUGCUAUGUGUAUAGAAAGUGUAUGUAAACCUUGUAUAAAUUGCAUUGAGACCGACCCAAUCGAAUGUGUCUCUGAACGGUUCACUCCUCCAUUUGGUCGCAACUAAAAAAAUAUAUAUAGAUAAAGCAAAACCCAAACCAUGUUUCGAUUAAAGCUACAAAUGAUAUGCUCAGAUACAACAUAUACCAUAUAUUAGAACCCACAAUACGAUAUAUAGCCCACAAUUGAUACAAAUGUAAAGCCAAUGUCCUUAGCCAAAAGAGUCUGUAAUCUGCUUAAAGUUCACAGAGAGAGUAAGAGAGCGUCCCACGUACUCAUGUCAAAUUGAUCUCAAAAUGGAAACAAAAUGUAGAAAGAAAUGUAUUACAAGUUGAAGGCUACAUGGAAAUGAAAUGCAUAAACAAACCCGAUGGAAAUUCAAUAAUUAUUUUAAGAUUCCAUUCCAUAUUCAAUACCAACGAAAUUCUUUGCUCACAGACACACAAACACCCGCGCACUCACGAAAUUUUUGCACACUUUUCUAGUCAGUUUUUAUGUUAAAGAAAAAGAAAGAAAAAAAAUACGAAUAUGAUGUGUGGGAUAGGUCUCUUCCUGUGUAUGCCUCUCUUGAUCUGACUUUGAGUGAUUACAGACUCUGUUGGAUCAGUGGAACGAUCAUUGCACUACUCAAGCGAAUUGUUACAACUAAAAAAUGGAAAAGCCACAACGAAAAUUGAAGGGAAAUUGAAGACAUGGGCCACAGAUUGCACCAAAUGACAGGCAAGGCAACACUCCACAACGAUUGUGGAGGCUGGUACUCCACAAUACCCCACUAUCCAAUCCAAUCCAAUCCCCAUCCUUUCCCCAUACAAGAUCUAAUGCAAUCUGUGGGGUAUACAUAGGUAGAGAGAGAGAGAGAGAGAGAGUGGCAGUUGAAGCUACAAGUAAAUAUGAAUAGUUCUUUAGGUUUAAAAUAAACUCUCUGUGUUGUUGUUGUUACUAUGAUUCAAUUGUAUAUGUGUAUGUACGUAAGCGCAGCAUUAUAUGGCCUAUGAAAUAAAAUAACCGAUCUAUACAUUACAAAAUACCAGCUGCAAAUAGUUGAACAAGUUGAUCCCUGAUGUUGAUACACGAGCUAAUGCUAAGCGAUAAAUAAGAGAAUGAAAUCCGUUUGUUACUUGUUUCUGAAUGUGAAUUACUUUAUUUGGUUGACUAAUUCUUACACAAUCGAUCGAUGAUAUGAUAAUGUUUAUAGAGCUUAAGACGGUGGAAUGCUUGGAGCGGAUUGUUUGUGGCAUUGACUCAGUCGCUCCACUCCCACCCGGAGGAUUCUCGGAGAUUCUGCUGGGAUGAAGGGAACGCUUACAUGGACAGUAUUUGGUAAAGCAAACACUAAAUCUUUUGUACAUAAAAACUGUUUUCUAUCUGAAUUGUUCUCAAUGUGUAGUUUAUACUAUUUGAUAUAUGCCUAUAUAUUAUA